AUGGGAGACCUUCACGGAAUCAUGGUGGCAUUGGUCACUCCUUUCACUGAUGACCAGACUGCCAUCCAUGAAGGCCGCCUCCAAGUGCUCGUCGAACGACUCAUCAAAGCCGGUGUCCAUGGCCUUGUCCCCGGCGGAAGUACGGGUGAAUUCACGUCGCUGACUCUUGCUGAACGCAAACAGCUUACGGAGCUCGUUGUCAAGUACACAAACGGCCGAGUGCCCGUGGUGGCUGGCACAGGAGGCCUGACGACUGCCGAGACCCUCGAGCUCUCCAUCCACGCGGCACAAGCGGGCGCCUCCGCGAUCAUGGUUGUUCCACCAUUCUAUGACGCUGUUAAUAUGAAGGAGCUGAGGAGCCUGAUGACCGAAAUCAAUCAAGUCGCACACAUUCCCAUCGUAUUCUACAAUAUACCGUCUGCAACAGGCCUAAAGCUGAGCCCAACGGAACUGGCUAGUCUCUCCACAGUGGGCGUUCGCUACUUGAAAGACACAUCUGGCGACGGACCGGCCUUGACAGAGUUGCUAUUUGGUCUCUCUGGUAAAAUUACGGUAUUCAACGGCUGGGAUACCCUUACCUUCUAUGGGCUGGCUGCCGGUGCGCGAGGAGGGAUUUGGGGCGCUGCGAACAUUAUCCCCGAGUUGGCAGUGGAGCUAUGGGAGGCAGUCGCGGUUGAGGGAGACCUUAAGAAAGGUCGUGAGCUGUGGGCCAAGGCUUGGCCAAUCUGCAAGUUCCUGGAAUCCCACAACUAUGCGGCAGCCGUCAAGACGGGUCUGGAACUGACUGGGAGCCCUACCGGUGGUCUACGAAAGCCUUUCGCCAUGCUGGAGCCAGAGUUGAAAGCCGAAAUGAAAGCUUUGCUCCAGAAUGCGGGCGUGAAGACAGCCUAA